CGUAAUCUCUCGUGAAUAGGAAACAACGGUGUACACAGAAAAUAAAAACAAAAGGUAUUCAACUCUUCGUCUCCUUCUUCUUCUCUCUGGCCUCCGGCAUUCCAUUUCAGACACCGGAACUCCACCAUGUGGAGAACCUCCAUUUCUCUCUCUUUAAAGAGACUAAACCAUCUGUCUUACCUAAACCCUAACCCUUUUUCUUCACUGCAAAAGCGUUCUCCAUCUUUUGAUACUAUCCAUGGCGGAUUCAGCUCUUUUUCUCACCUCUACUCAUCUACGAUCCCUAAAUCAUAUGAUUCCACCAAACUCGAUUUAGGGUUACGUCGUUUUUCUCAAUUAGGGAUUUCUUCUGCUGCUACUGUCGAUGUUUCGUCAACUCUUUCUCGCGAUCUUGUUGGUGCCUUUUCGCAUUAUGGUCGCUGUUAUUGGGAGCUCUCCAAAGCCAAGUUAAGCAUGCUGGUGGUUGCCACUACUGGGACUGGAUAUGUUCUUGGCAGUGGUCAGAUCAUUGAUCUUGCUGGCCUUUGUUGGACUUGUGCUGGUACAAUGAUGGUUGCAGCAUCUGCUAGCUCUUUAAAUCAGGUCUUUGAAGUAAAAAAUGAUGCUAAAAUGAAGAGGACGAUGCAAAGACCAUUACCUUCUGGGCGUUUGACUGUAUUGAAUGCAGUUGCUUGGGCAUUUAUAGUUGGGAUAGCAGGCACUGGUUUAUUAGCGUGCAAGGCUAAUGCCUUGGCAGCUGGACUAGGAGCCUCUAAUCUCCUUCUUUAUGCAUUCAUUUAUACUCCAAUGAAGCAAUUACACCCAGUAAAUACAUGGGUUGGAGCAGUUGUUGGCGCUAUUCCUCCGCUUCUUGGGUGGGCUGCUGCUUCUGGUGAAAUUUCUCUUAAUGGGAUGAUUCUACCUGCUGCACUUUAUUUUUGGCAACUUCCCCAUUUUAUGGCCCUUGCAUACUUGUGCCGUGACGAUUAUGCUGCAGGAGGGUAUAGGAUGAUUUCUCUUACUGACACCUCUGGUAGAAGGACCGCCUUGGUUGCACUGAGGAAUUGUCUAUAUCUUAUUCCUGUGGGGUACUUGGCAUACGAAUGGGGUUUAACCUCUGGAUGGUUUUGUCUUGAAUCAUCAUUGCUUACUUUGGCGAUCGGUGGUACAGCAAUGUCUUUCUACUUGAACAGAACAACGAAGAAUGCUAAGAGAAUGUUCCUGGCCAGCCUUGUUUAUCUUCCAGUAUUUAUGUCAGGGCUUAUGUUUCACCGUCUGUAUAAUAAUUGGCAGGCCACACAAACUGUUCCAUCAUCAAGGUUUAUGCAAGAGAGUGAUUAUGCUGACAAUGAAAAGCAGUUAAGAAAGACGUCUUCAAGUAAACAAGGGCGGCCACCUGUUGCUUAUGCAUCUGUAGCACCAUUUCCUUUCUUGCCUGCUCCAUCUUACUCACAUUACUAGAAACUGGAGUUUCUAUACUGUAUAAUAUGGGAGUAAAUCUUUUUUCCCUCAUUUAUGUAGAUCAUUCUUGCUUCCUUUUCUGUUAUUUUAUGCUGGAUCCGAAAAGGCUAUUCUUAUGACCGUUGUAAUGUAAUGUUGCAAGCCGCAGGGGAAAUUUUGUCCAUUUUGUUGUCUUUGAUGUAGCUUUCCGUUGGCUUGUGUAAUUUUUAUUCUCAAUAAAUCAGAUUGGUAACUUUCCAUCA